UGCAUUGAAUCAGUUCGUUGUGGAGCACGAGGAGAGGGGGUUGGGCACGGGCGCUUCUGUUUGUGCUGCGAGGCUACGAUUUGUUGAUUGGUGAAUUUUUUGACGGGAAGAACGUGCAGUGCUUAAGUAACGCUACCUGUUCUGCAUUUAAGCCCGUUUUAUACGUGGGUUCUGUUUCUGGUAGGAGAGGUGGGAGAAAGUGAACGUUGAAAGUUAUUGGAAUCAAGCGGCCCCAAUUAUGUCCAUUGCUGCUCUAAUUGAGGCUGCUGAUUUUCUAGAGAGGAGGGAAAGAGAAGCAGAGCAUGGCUAUGCUAUUGUGUCAAUCAUUCCUGCUGAUAUUCAUCGGGCUGACUCCAAGCACAAAAUCAAAAAGCAUCUCAAGGCCAGGAAAAGCUUUAACAGCAGGUCCACUCACAAUGAGCUGGAAAAAAAUCGGCGGGCGCACCUGCGGACCUGCCUGGAGCGGCUGCGCGAGGAUGUGCCGCCCGGCCCGGACGCCAACCGCCACACCACGCUCGGCCUGCUCACGCGCGCCAGGGACUACAUCCGGUCGCUCGAGGAGAAGGACCGCAUGAAUGACCGGUACAAGGACCAGCUGGCGCGUGAGCAGCGGUUGCUGACCGAGCGGCUGCACGGCCUCAUCAGCUUCAGCUGGCGGACGCCGAAGUCGCGCGCCUCCAACAGCUGCAGCUCCUCCUCCUGUUCGUCCGUGUCGUCCGGAUACGCCACCUCCGAGUGGGCUGACUCAGACGAGCUGGAGAGCGGCGGCAGCCUGAGCCCCGGCUCGGACGGCGGCGCCGCCGGCGAGGACGUAGAGGGCGCCACGUUCGGGCUCGACUCGCUCGCCAUGACGGCCGCCGAGGCGACACCCGUCACCGCCGGCCGCCGCUAGCCGGCUGUCUCCGUGACCUGAGCGAUCGGCGCCGCCUGACGUCUGGAGCUCGGCUGGAUGGCGUCCGAUGCUGUACCUGUCGAGACUCCGAGCCGCCCGACCGCCGCCUGACGUCUGGAGCUCGGGUGGAUGGCGUCCGAUGCUGUACCUCUCGAGACUCCGAGUCGUCCGACCGCCGUCUCCCAGCGCCCCGAUCGGUCCAACCGCCGUCUCAUAGCGCUCCGAUCGGUCCGACCGCCGUCUCCAAGCGCUCCGAGCCGUCCGAUCGCCGUUUCCCAGCGCUCCGAGCGGCCCGACCGCCGCCUCCCAGCGCUCCGAGCGGCCCGACCGCCGCCUCCCAGCGCUCCGAGCCGUCCGACCGCCGUCUCCCAGAGCUCCGAUCGGUCCGGCUACCGUCUCCCAGCGCUCCGAUCGGUCCGACCGCCGAUUCCCAGAGCUCCGAUCGGUCCGGCUACCGUCUCCCAGGGGUGCGAGCCGUCCGGUCAUCGCCUCCCAAGACUGCGCAUGGUCCGCCUUCCGUUUGGCAGGGCUCCGGGCAGCCGACCUGCCCUCAGCUGAGCUCUUAGGUGCGGGGCCCGCCGUCACUGCGCUUCCUCACGCCCCGGUCGCCGCGUUUCUGGCGAGAACAGUGGCCCGAUCGGAGUGUUGGACACCUGAGAGCUGCCGACCCGGUCGUCCCGCGCCGCCCCACCGCUUUCGCGUCCCGUGCCGCCCAGUAACCUGGUGCCGCAGGGACAGCGUGUCAUCGCCAGCUGUUUUGAUACCUCCCAACCCGCUGGACAGUACAAACUGUAUCAUGGGAUUGGCUAGUGCUGUGCUUUGUUACACUACAGCUGACCAGUUCCGAAUCGUCGGAUCAUGCGGCCUUGGACUGACUGUCGGACGGCGCAGAGAUGGCGGGCUGGGAGCCUCGAGUGAAUGGUCCGUUUAUGUCAAAGCUUUCAUCCCACUAUGCUCAAAGCUGUUAGGCCAGGGCACUUCAAACUCUCAGUUUUUGCGCUUGGAGUAUGGGGACAUUUAGCGUCAAGUUGCGAGCGAACUAGAGCCCUAAGCUGACAACGCCAUGACCGUCAGCGGUGGGCGGACACCAUGUCUGAUGUGCUACUGUGGAGUUAGACAUCGCCGCCGGUCUGAGGCGUGUUACCGUGGAGCUGGGAGUCGCCACAGCUUCAGAGCGUGUUACCGUUGACCUGGAGCGGCCACAGCUGUGAGACUGGCUGCGCGUGGAACUGGGAGCGGUCGGACUGCUCGGAGUCGCCCGGCGAUGGGGUCGCCGGCGCCCCCGGCGUGCGACUCGCGGGCGACCGUCUACCUCGCCGGCCCGCUGGCCAGCCCACGGCGCCGCGCUACAACGUUUUUGGUGUGCACGCAAAACGGAUGACUGAAUUUUGAAGGUACAAAAUGCUGCCGUGCAGUCAGUGCAGUACUCGCGUUCCGGCAGCGACCGUCCGGUCCGCCGGCCUCUGCCGCCAGCACGACGCUCUGCGCGUGCCAGCCGAGAGGCACGCCCGUGGGUGACGUUGAUUCAGCCACUACGGCCUUGUCACACAAACGCUUCUCCAGUCCUCAACACCGCAAAGCUGUUGGCUGUGUGCUGAUGUAAAGCUUUAUUGAUUAGUUCUCUAGCACGAACUUUCCAAUCGGCUCCGUUUUUAGUGAUAAACAACCGUGAUUUAGAGAUGUGACAAACGUGUCCGUUCAGUGUCGUAGGCAAACCUGUCUGCUCCCAGAUAAUGCAUGUAUCUGUAGCUGUGUAGGUGAUUAGAAAUUAUUUAUUGACCUUAAUCUGUCUCGGUUCCAAUCUCUCCAUGAAUACAAUGUGAACCUA